GUUGCAAACAAUCACUGAUCAAGAAACUGAGCUGAUUACCACCUUCCUUUCCCCUUAUGAGCGCAUUCGUCACCCGAUGAUGACUUCAGUCUGCGACGACCUGUGGCUUACCCCUUCCCUCGAUACUUGACUACCAAUGCCCGUCUCCUGCCAAACCAAUAUGCUACCUUCGCUUCAGGCAGUUGCCAUUCUCGAUAAAAGCCAACCUCACUUGCAACUUGUGCCAUGAAAGAGGAAAGAAAGGACAUAAUAAUGCCGAGCAGGCGCGCAUGUUCCUUGCAAAAGGAUUCUCCUCUUCUUCUCUUCUUAUCAUUCAUCUUCUCAUCCUCUCGUCUCGAUUUCCAUUGCCUAUCACAUUGCCUUCGUUGCAGAACGGCCUACCUCCUUUCACACGGAGUCGUUAUUUCUUGACCUGGGAGCCCUCCAGUCUCCCAGCCCAUACCAAGUCAGAGUUCUCCAGUCCGGCACUCAUCUCUGACGUUGGAACUCGCCGAAGACUCGCAAAAUCAUACAAAACCCAGGACAAGACAACUUCCUUUCCCAUAUUCAGUUCGCUCGGGUUCGAUUUAGAUCUGAUCAAUCUUACUCUUCAGCAAGAAGGUUCAGAUUUUGCCGUCUUGCAGUUCACCUCUGAGCUAUCUAACGGAGAAGCACCUUCCGGUGAUGUUGAUGCUGAUGAUAAUGAUGAUGAUGGCCUCUACGACCACACUCUCAGCAGCUCCCACUUAUCACAGGCUCUGCCUGCGCAAUCUGGGAGUCCUGAGGAGCCUUAUCCUAAGACAAUCUUCGAUAUACAAGACUGUGAAAAUGCUAAUAUCACGUCCCUUGACAAUUUCGACUUAUCUCUUAAAGCUCUUAAGGGCCCUGGGAGUGGUCUCGAUUCUUGGUCAUCCCCCAUUCAGCUCGUUGCAACAUAUGGUGAAGAUCUUCGGACUUUGUCAACUUACUGCAGAAUAUUUUGGCAGUUUGAAGAGUCUGGAGAAGUCCAACGUUUUCUGGAGAUUCAUGAGUGGUGCCCCCUGGAUGCGGGUGGAUUUCCCCUAUUGUCGCCCAAUCAGAGUCAUGGGAAAUGAGACCGCGAUUCUUAUUGUACUUCAAUGUCCGAGACAACAUCUGCCACUCAACCCCGCUUAGCCCAAUCCCGCUUGUUUCACAGACAUGUUUAUUGCGGCUGUUGUCUCUUGUGAAUUUCGACAAAACAGGUGUCAAAUAUGUCGUCAUGGAUUUCCGAAAGGAGUGCCGUAGGAAUCAAGAAGAUUGCCGUUGUCCAAUCCUCAACAGGACCGAGAUCGAAGUUUGCGGGAUUGCCAUGAUGACAGAGGUCUUCAUAGCACGCAACAUCUACGGGGUCAAGUUUGCCGCCACGGCCGCGAUUUCAGCCAGCGAAUCAAACGCCAUUCACUAAAUUGCCAGAGACAAAUCUUUUGAACCUUUACUCGGCACUCUCUACAGUACACAGUGGCA